AUUUUUUAUUUUUUAAAAUAAUCAAGGAGUUAUGAACUCCUAUAAAUUUGCUUGCUGCCUUUUUCUCUAUAUUUCCCUCACGCUCUGAACUAAACUGAAAUCCAUACACAAUCGAGAGAGAAUGAGGGUUCGCCAGACCGAGAGGAAAUCGACGAGUGCCGGAGGUAUUCACCCCUGGCCAGGAUCUGAAAACAGCCUCAUGAUCCGGGAACUUGCUCGUUUCGCUGUCGCUCACCAUAACGAGAAACAGAAUUCAUCAUUGGAAUAUAAGAAGGUAACGAAUGUCAAGCGAGGUUUGGUGGCCGGGUGGUUGUACUACAUAACGCUGGAGGCGGCGGAAGGUGGUCAGAACAAGCUAUACAGGGCCAAGGUGUGGGUCCAGUCAUGGACGAAAUUUAAGUCACUUGAGAAAUUUAAGUCACUUGAGAAAUUUAAGUAUGUUGGUGACGCCUGAGAAAGUUUCGCUUCUUGCUGAUGAUCAAAGUAAAUAAAACCAAUAAACGUAGUGUAUUUAAUUUGGAUUCUCUGAAAUUUGAGACGAGUGACCCGUGAGAGAUAUGGGGAUGGACCAGGUUUCGUCUUCUCCCUGAAUCUGUUAUUGAGACCUCAAAUUCACUCAUUUUAUGCUUUUCGGAAAACGAUCUGAUCUUAGCAGGGCUUUCAUUUGGACAAUUAUGUAAUGUUAGUCUCUUUGUUCGGUUAUGAUGCAUUGUAAUUUAUAAUGCACACUACAUGCUGCUUUUUGGGAUGUGAUGUUUAUAAGUUUAUAUUUGUGGUUGUUACUUCAA